CAGUUGUGUUUCUUUCUCUCUCUCCUCAAUCAAACGAGAGCUGCCUGAAAUAUCUACUGAAUCAUCACGAAACAGUUCACAAUCUUGAUUAGCUUUUUGAAGCUUCAAUCUUGCUAGUGGGAACUUCUUCUGAAGUUCAAUCCAAUUAGUCGAUAUUUCAUAGUACCCAUUUGCUAUUACUGAUUCAUUUGUUGUGAUAAUGGCUGUUUGUUCGUCGAGAAUUCCAUCGGCAAAACUGAAGGCUUUGCACUAUGAUCUUCUCCGUCCUGCUGCAAGGAAUCCUAAUUCAUUAGUUACCUUUAAUAACUUGAAGUGUUUGACUAAGAACGGACAUCUUUAUUGUAAUCAUCAGCAACCCAGGCUUAUCAUUUGUAGCAGUCUCAAUUCAGGAGUGGAGCCGCCGAUAUCUGGUGCGGUGGUGGGAAAUGUUUUACAGGAAGGUAAUAAGGUUGAGGAUGUUGACAGAGACUAUGUAGAGCGAAUUGAUGAUGGAAGCAAUGGUGGCGGAGAUGUUCUUGAUGGUUGCAAUGGGAAUGGGAAUGGAAAGUUUGUGGGAGGAGGAGGCGGAGGUGGUGGUGAUGGCAAUGGUGAUGACAGUAAAGGGGGUGAUGAGGAAGAUAAUGAGUUUGGGCCGAUAAUGAAAUUUGAGGAGGUUAUUAAGGAGGUUGAAUCUCGAGGAACAAGUCUUCCAGCAGAUAUGUUAGAAGCUGCAAAGAGUACAGGGCUCAGAAAGCUGUUGCUUGAAAGAUAUUUGGAUUUGCAGGGUUCAUCAUGGCCUGUAAGUUUUGUAAUGAAAUCUUGCUCAAUGAUUCGUGAUCGAAUGUUAGCCGAUCCUGCUUUCCUUUUUAAAGUGGGAACAGAGAUCAUUAUUGAUUCAUGUUGUGCUACAAUAGCAGAAGUGCAAAAGAGAGGAAAAGACUUUUGGGCUGAAUUUGAAUUGUAUCUUGCCGAUCUUUUGGUUGGAUUGGUUGUUAAUGUUGCUUUAGUUGGUAUGCUAGCGCCUUAUGCUCGUAUUGGACAACCAUCAGUAUCCAAAGGGUUAGGGUUUCUAGGACGCAUGCAAUAUGCUUAUGGGGCACUUCCCAGCAGUGUAUUCGAGGCUGAAAGACCUGGUUGUAGAUUCUCUUCGAAGCAAAGAAUGGCAACUUACUUUUUUAAGGGGAUAAUGUAUGGAGUUGUUGGAUUUGCUUGUGGAAUAAUUGGUCAAGGAAUUGCAAAUAUGAUCAUGACUGCUAAGCGGAGCUUAAAGAAAUCAGAGGAGGAUGUUCCUGUCCCACCUCUUAUCAAGAGUGCAGCUCUAUGGGGUGUUUUUCUAGCAGUUUCAUCGAACACACGUUAUCAAAUAAUAAAUGGGCUAGAGCGGAUAGUGGAAUCCUCUCCAAUGGCAAGAAAAAUCCCACCUGUUGCUAUGGCGUUCACAGUUGGGGUGCGUUUCGCCAACAAUAUUUAUGGUGGAAUGCAGUUUGUGGACUGGGCAAAGAUGAGUGGGGUGCAAUAAUUUAAGGCUCUGUUUUAUUAUUGAUGAACUCCAAAUCUCAUCUUAGAAUAAAACCACAGCUUUGAUUGAGCCAUGUUUUUUUCAUUGUUGUUGUACUCUGUUGUGUCAUGGUAACAUUAAUAUUUUCUAAAAUAUUAGCUAGUCUAUUUAUCAUUUUGAUUCUCUCUAUCUCUUUUAAGUUUAUUAAAUUCAAUGAACCAUCUCUUGAUUCA